CCAGACCCCGCCCCUUGCACUGGCAGCGAGAUGGCGUCGCGCUUGCCGGACGGUUACCAUGGAAACCAAGGCCUCGGCACGCUUAGUGCCCAAGCCCCUAAAGUGCGGAACUCCAAGAGCGAUAGCAUGGGCAAGACCCUACGCCUGCCCGGUGCCUCCCGUCGGGUGAGUGCUUGGAGCGGGGAUUUGGAGGAACUUGAAGAGAGGAACAGGACAAGCCCCCGGCGCCACUUAUUUGGGAAGCGGACAGUCUCCGUCCCACAUCAACUUAGCGAGCGCUGCGAUGUGUGGAGCUCGGGUAGCGACAGGUCUGGAGUCAGGGCUCACAGCGACACAGACGAUCGCUCCUUCGAAGAAUCCGGGAGCGGUCGCUCUUCCCGGGAUCCCGGCGGCGGGCAGCCAGCUAUUCUGCUGCGGGGCAUAUUUCACAUAGAGAAAAGAAGUUGCGACGUGUCGCUAACAUGCAACCAGUUGCAGUGGAGCCCCAUUCAGCCUGAGAGUCCAGGGAGCACAAGUCUGACACACCAACAGAAAGAAGAGAUUCUAGACUUGAGAGAUAUAUUCUCAGUGAAACUAAAGCGGCGACGUUCUGCUGGGCAGACAAAAGGUGGCACUCUCUUGGGCAUCACAAUAUUUCUGUGCAUCAGAAAAGGACGAAAACUAAAGGAUCGCUCAGUUCAUCUUCACAACCAAAGUGAGGAUUAUUGUGAUAUAUGGUUCAAACAGCUAAAGGAGAUCUUAAAUGGGUUUCCAAAUAGACCAAAGUCUCUGAAGAUAAUAAUUAACCCACACAGCCAUAAAGGAGAAGCUUCCAAACUCUAUUAUGAGCACGUUGCACCACUCUUCAAGCUUGCUGACAUCCAAACAGAUGUUACAGAAACAACGUAUGCCGGGCAUGCCCUCGCCUUACUCAGAGAAUGUGAGCUCCAGGAAUAUGAUGGGGUAGUUUGUGUUGGCGGCGACGGAUCAGCCAAUGAAGUUGCUCAUGGUCUUCUUCUCCGAGCCCAGAUAGAUGCGGGAAAGAAUACAGACACGAUUUUCACGCCAGUGAGAGCACCAAUUCCUUUGGGCAUAAUACCAGCAGGCUCCACUAAUGUACUGGCAUACUCACUUCAUGGAACUAAGCAUACAGGAACCGCUGCAUUACAUAUUAUCAUGGGAAACAUCCAGCCAGUUGAUACUUGUACAUUUAGCAGUAGCAAUAAGCUUCUUCGGUUCGGUUUCUCGGCCAUGUUUGGAUUCGGAGGAGCGACUCUUGCUCUGGCGGAGAAACAUCGCUGGAUGCCUUCGUCCCAAAGAAGGGAAUUUGCAUUUCUAAAGACCCUUGCCAAUUUAAAACCAGAAAGUUGCGAACUUACCUUUCUACCUAUUAAAAAUGAAGAAGUGAAAUACCGUGGAGCCCAAAAAAACAAAAGAGAGAAAGCUGCUCGAUCCGGCAGCAAGGAUCCAUGGCAACACAUCCAAGGUCAGUUGCUAAAUGUAAGCAUUAUGGCUAUCCCCUGCCUUUGUUCCAUGGCCCCCAGAGGAUUGGCACCCAAUACCAGGCUAAGCAACGGGACUAUGGCUCUUAAUAUUGUGAGGAACACUACGAGACAAGAAUUUGUGAAGCAUUUAAAAAGAUUUGCCACUUUGAAAAAUCCGUUCAGUUUCCCAUUUGUUGACACGUUCCUGGUUGAAGAAGUGAAGAUAUCACUAAGAAACUAUGGCAGAAGCUCACAGGAACAAAAUGGCAACAGAAAUACGGCAGAAGACAUUUGUCCAUGGAAUAUCGAUGGAGAUUUAGUAGAAGUUUCCUCUGAUAUCCACGUUAGGUUGCACCCAGAGCUCAUUAAUAUUUAUGGAACGAACGUUGAAGAGCUGGACGGGUUCAACGCAAAAUGCAGCUGUUUGUAGUUUCUCUUGCUCCAAACAAAAACACGCCGGGAGAACAACAUUUUUUUGUUUUUUACCUUAAGUUUUUAGAACAAAAAAAAAACUAUGAAAUUAAAAAUGACAAAGAGCUGUUAAAUCACAAAA